AUGGGGGCCGUGGGGGGCAUGAGGAUCGUGGGGGCCGUGGGGGGCAUGGGGGGCGUGUGGGGCGCCGCCCCUGGGACCGACCCCCAUCCUGAUGCCUUCCUCCCGGAUUUUGCCCCGACACCGAAAUUAACGAGACUGGCUAAAGAGUCCAGAAAGUUACCUGGGAGCCUCUCUGUAGAGGAGAGGGGCUGGAGGCUGCUCCUGGCGGCUGACGACGGGGCAGUGGGGGAGCUGAGGGCGCUGAUCGCCGCAGGGGCCGACGUGGCGUCGAGGGGCUGGGGUGGGCAGACCGCCCUGCACUGGGCAGCGUACAGGGGAGACGUCGAGGCGGUGAGGCUGCUGGUGGGGGCGGGGGCGGCGGCGGACGCCAGGAGUGACGCUGGGUGGACGCCGCUGCACUGGGCGGCAUUCAAUGGCCACGCAGAAGUGGCGGCUGCGCUGCUCGUCGCGGGGGCCGACAGGGGGGCCACAACUGUUGGUGGGCAGACAGCGCUGGACCUCGCCAGGCAGUGGAACAGGUGGCGGCUGGUGGAGAUGCUGUCAUGA